CUUUUCAUACUACUACACUUUGUGGAUUCUGAUCAGCAAAAUCAAAAUGGCUUUGUUUCUUUGCACAUUCCUCUUCUUUCUCGUCUCCUCUGCUACUGCCUGUGAUCGCUGUGUGCAUCAAACCAAGGCAGCUUACUUCUCCAAAGCCGCUGCACUUUCUUCUGGGGCUUGUGGGUAUGGUUCUUUAGCUUUGGGACUUAGUGGUGGACACCUUGCUGCUGCUGUGCCUUCAAUUUAUAAAGAUGGAGCUGGUUGUGGUUCAUGUUUUCAGAUAAGAUGUAAGAAUGCAACACUCUGUACAAAACAAGGGACUAGAGUGAUCACAAGUGAUCUCAAUCACAAUAACCAAACAGAUUUUGUUCUAAGCAGCAGAGCUUUCAUGGCCAUGGCUCAAAAGGAUUUGGGCCAGGACAUUUUGAAACAUGGAAUUGUGGAUGUGGAGUAUAAAAGGGUACCAUGUGAAUACAAGAACCAAAACUUAGCCUUACGUGUGGAAGAAUCAAGCAAGAAGCCACAUUACUUAGCAGUCAAAGUUCUAUACCAAGGUGGUCAGACAGAGAUAGUAGCCAUUGAUGUUGCUCAGGUUGGUUCUUCUAACUGGAGUUUCCUGACUCGAAAUUACGGGGCAGUAUGGGACACCAGUAGGGUUCCGACUGGAGCGCUGCAAUUCCGGUUCGUGGUGACUGGCGGGUUCGAUGGAAAGAUGGUUUGGGCAAAGAAUGUGCUUCCUGCUGACUGGAAGCCUAGGAUGGUAUAUGACACAAAGGUUCAAAUCAGUGAUAUUGCACAGGAGGGUUGCUCUCCGUGUGAUGAUGGGAUUUGGAAGUGAGCCUCAAUACACAUACACAAAGGUUCAACAUACACUCAAAUCAGUCACCAUACCCUAGGAAAUAGGAGUUGUAGAACUCUUUAACUUGUAAUGUGUAACAUGUAAACUAAUAUUCGUGUUAUAAGCAAUGAAUUUGUAGUUGAGCCUCA